UUCUAAUUCAGUUUCAGACAACUCUAAACGAGACAGCCAUAUAGUUAAUGCUUCCGACUUCUUAUUGAUCAUGUUGGAAAUAAAACCAGAUGGCCGUGGUCUGACUCUAGCACAGGUAGGUAAGUUUUCUGGUUUACACGAAACACAUAAGAGAGCAACCGGUGGCAUUAAUCCUUUUGCAAGUAGAAAAGUGUUCGAAGAGCUUGGCAUAACCAUAAACAGUGAAUUGCAGGUGCUAUUUGAAACCGUCCAACCCGCUGGAAAAUUGUUGAUUGAAUUAAUCCUCGCUGCGGCAGAACUCAACAAGGAUGUCGGUGAGAGAUCAAGAGUAUUAAGUCUUUGCGAGGUCGUAAUUGCCAUACAGAAAUUCAAUAAUCUGGACCUGAUCAACGACGGUGUACUGAUUCCUAAGGAGUACGCCAACUUCGUGAAAAAGUCAAAACAAAUUUUGAAAUGGUCGACAAAACCUACUGAAAAUGCGCUACGUUAUUUAAUGAAAUUCGAUGGUAUUAAUAACAGAAACAUUGCGGAUUACAUGCAAGUUGUAUUUUUCAUUGAUAAACAUACCAAACACUGUCCCUAUGCCACUAUACAUUAGAUCCGUUGAAGAUAGUACUCAC